AGAAGUUCAGAAACUUGUUUGGGAAACAAGCCUUCUAUUAAUCAGGUAGAAGGAAAUCUUUUCUGUGGUACCAUGUUUUCUUGCCUGCUUCUGAAACAGAUCCUCCUCAUGAUAUUAACAGGUUGCUUCACAUCAUAUGCUGAAACUGUCAUACAAGGAAAAGUGGGUGAAAACAUCACUUUACCCUGUCAUUAUUCAGUUAAGGAUAAUCGACUCACAGAUGUUUGUUGGGGACGAAGUUGCCCUUCAGUGGGUAGUUGUCCCAAUAAAAUGAUUAGCAUUAAUAAAUAUCUGGAGAUAGAUGGGCAACUCCAAAAAUACCAUCUAAUGGGAAGUGUCAUUCAAGGGGAUGUAUCUCUGACCAUUGCUAACAUUACAGAAGAUGAUGGAGGGACAUAUUGUUGUCGAGUGGAGUAUCAAGGCUUGUUCAAUGAUGGGAAAAUAUUUUUCAAAUUACUGAUCAAGGAAGCAUUGCUUCAUACAACGCCUAUAUAUUUUAGUACGACUAAUUUUGUUUCCGAACCAAAAUCAGUAUUCAUUACUGAAUCGCCACUCAAUAAUAUUUCAUUAUAUAGGUCUAUAAUGGUAAAGGAGCAAGCAAAGAAUUCACCUUAUCGGAUAGGCCUAUACCUUGGAAUUGGAACAUGUGUAAUUCUACUCGCCAUUAUAAUCCUGCUAAUUAUAAAGUGGUACCUACACAAGAAGCAGAAGACAAUUAAUUCUACAAGUCAAGUGGCAUUUACAAAUUCAGCAGCUCAAGGGAUUCAGCAUGUUGUCAGUGCUGAUGUCCAUGCACCGGAAAAUAUUUAUCACUGCUUUUGAAGAAUCAUUUUAGCAGACUCAUGUCAAAGAAGGCACUCUAUUUGGAGCAGCAUAUUUGGCAAACAGAUCUUGUAAUAGACGGAUAUAGAUUCAAGCUUUGUUUAUAUUAAUGAAAUCAAAGACAGAGACAAGAGAAUCAGUUUUACAAUCUUGCGGUAGAAAUAUUGUGCCUUGUUUAGCAUCCCUCCCUAUUAAAGUUGCGCAGGAGAACUGCCAGUUUCAGAUAGUGCUCCAAUACCCAGUUCUUCCUUCUUCUGACACUAAGUCCAAUGGUCUGGACUGCUUAUUUGUCAUCCAUCUGCCACAGGUAGAGACAAACUGCAUUAGCACUUUGCUUAUUUGCUUUCUAUUACCAGCUGAAAUUCGGUGAAAAAAAGUAGCCUUGGGAUAGCUGGUUAGUACAAAAUUAAGAGCUCAUGUUUGGCUGUUAUGGCCCUAUAAAGUUGGCACAUGCUGACCUGCUACAUCCUCUUUUGAGCAUUUGGAUGGGAUAUAGAAAGGUAGGUAAUACAGUACUUAUGGACUUAACCUCAGUUGACAUUUUUGGGCAUAAGGUAUAGUUUUCACAAGAUAUCUCUUCAUUGUUAUGAAAUGCAGCCACAAUCUUCUAGCAUUUGGCUACCCAUUUCUUAUCUAUGGCUGUUUUCCAUGUGGACCCUGAUUGAGGACCUGAUUUUCCAUGGUAUGUCAUUGUGUGAAGACUACCUGCAACUAAUUGUCUGCUAAAUGAGGAAGGCUAUUAUGAGGGGGGGGGGGGAAGGAAGGCUAGUAUGUGCUAUUUGCUCCUCUUAAACAAAAUUCCUGAUUACUGAGUGAGGCAAUCUUGGCAUGAAAUACAUUUCCUGCUAUAAAUCAUGUGCAAGCUUUACUUGAUGCAUAAUUUUUGCCAAAAAGCCUAUUGAGUUGAGAAAGAUACAAAAACAUAUGUCAAAAAUGAAGGAGCUAAAGCAACUGAAAAGCUGUAAUAGUUGAUAGGUUGGGAAAAAAUAACUAAAGUGGAGGGAUCAUUGUUUUUGUGGAUAAAAUUAUGAUCAAUUUUAUGUGGUAAAGGUGAUAGAUAUUAACUCUAUUUCAUAAUAUAAAAUUUUGAAUGAGUGGUUAUUAUUUAUGUUAGUACUUGCUUACAUUAUUAAAGACAAUGUUCUAGAAAAGCUUUUUGUUUAGUUUUGACAGGCAAUAAUAUGAUUGUAGAUUUAAUAGGUAUGAAGAGAUAGAAUUACAGAAUCAUUUGAUGCCAAAUAUUUCUAUAUUUCUUUAAGACAAUUCUCAGGCAUUUCUUAUUGUUUCUCAAUGAAACUCAGUUUACCAUCCAUUGGUUAUUUAUGCCUUCUGAUAUAGUGUGCUGUACUCCUCCCAUAUACAAAAUAACUGUAGGUUAUUUUGCUAUCUUGUUUACACUGAGUGUUAAUCAUUUCCAUAUCUUGAUUUUCUUUGUCAUUUACUGUUCCCUCAUUCCUGUGAGCCAGGUUUGCAAAUGAAUGUAAUUAAUCUUUUUUAAAAUGCUUUUACUGGGCUUUCCAGAACCUAUUUCUGUAUUACCAUAGGCCAAAGGCCACACAUAAUAUAUCCAUAGGAAUAAGGGCUGCAUAAUUGAUUGAACCAUCUAACAUUUGGAUGGGGCUGCUUCUUUGAGAGUUUUUUUAAAACUAUGACAUGCCUACAUCUCCCAGUUUUCCAUUUCAAAAUAGCAAGAAAAUGUGUACUACUUUUCAAGAAUUAUGGCCACUGCUAUCCUGCUGUGGAAUGGGGAUCUGAGGAUCAAGUGUGGUCAUAAAAUCACAAAUUGGCCUAAUACCACCACCCAGAUGAUGCACUUGGAUUUAUAAUGUUUGCUAGGUUAUAUGUCUGCAUUUUAUUUUUGAUUCUAUUAUCUCUUCCCAAUUGAAGUAUGCUUUUCUUUUCUUUGUACAUAGUCCAGAUUUUUUUUCUAGAUUUGUCAUUCUUUGAUACCUAACACAAACCUAAGCAUAUUGAUGCUACUAUAUUUCAGAUGAUGUUUCCUCUGAUGAUAAAAAAUAUGUAUAUUCUUUAAGUGGUCGCUGAAUUAUCUUUGUUGAACAGUAAAGAUUUUUUUAAA